CAAGUAAUCUCACGCGUUGUUAACACCGCGCGUAAGUGGGACGACGGCUGAUCCCUUUUCGUUUUUAAGAAACAGCCACCACCAACACCAACACCACCACCACCACAUCCUUGGACGAGAGAGGAAAUUACAAAACAGCCGAACACCGUCGACUUUCUCUUGCGGACAACAACAAGAAGACGAUCUCUCUCCGAUUAUUUAAAAUUUAUUUUUACUGAUUCGAUUCUCACGUCUCCUAAUGAACUUCUAGGGAACAAACAAUGGAGGCUCGUCCGGUUCAGAGAUCAGGUUCUAGGGAGCUAAGUACUUCUUCUAUCCCAUCUACAACACCAAACCCUUCUUCUUCUUCUUCAGAUGCUUUCAUGAACAACAACAACACUCAGUUCAUGUCUAAGCCGUUAGGACAGCAAUCCUACCAUUUGUUUUCUUCCAGUAACGGUGGAGCUGUUGGACAUAUCUGCUCUUCCUCAUCCUCUGGUUUCUCUUCCAAUCUCCAUUACUCAUCCAUGGUGUCUCACGAGAAACACUACGCCUCAGGAAGCACCAGUAACGGCCCUCCUGCUGCAGCAGCAGCGUUGAGCAAUGAUACUUCUUGGUGCCAUGAUUCACUGCAUGGAGGAGGGUUUCUUGAUUUCCCUGAAAACCACCAGCCCAGCCAGAUUGAGGAGGACGGUGGCAUUGGUGGGGCGUUUGAUGACAUUCAGAAACGUAAUGAUUGGCAUGAAUGGGCUGACCAUUUGAUCACCGAUGAAGAUCCUUUGCUAUCAACUAACUGGAAUGAUCUCUUGCUUGAGACUGGUUCCAAUUCAGACUCAAAGGACCAGAAACCUCUGCAAGUUCCACCGCAACCACCCCAGAUUGUUCAGCAGCAACCCUCUCCUCCUGUGUCUGUGGAGUUGCGACCUGUCAGCACAACAUCUUCAAACAGUAAUAACGGAACGGGCAAGGCUCGUAUGCGUUGGACGCCAGAGCUGCACGAGGCUUUUGUUGAAGCUGUCAACAGUCUUGGUGGCAGUGAAAGAGCUACUCCUAAAGGUGUGCUUAAGAUUAUGAAAGUUGAAGGCUUGACUAUAUAUCAUGUCAAAAGCCAUUUGCAGAAAUAUAGGACGGCUAGAUAUAGGCCAGAACCAUCAGAAACUGGUUCACCCGAGAAGAAGUUGACACCACUUGAACACAUAACAUCCCUUGACUUGAAAGGCGGGAUAGGUAUCACUGAAGCUCUACGACUUCAGAUGGAAGUACAGAAGCAACUCCAUGAGCAGCUCGAGAUUCAAAGAAACCUGCAACUCCGAAUAGAAGAACAAGGCAAGUACCUGCAAAUGAUGUUUGAGAAACAAAACUCGGGUCUCGGCAAAGGGACAGCCUCAACAUCAGAUUCACCAUCCAAAUCCGAACAAGAAGACAAGAAAAUCGCUGAUUCAAAGGAGCUGACGACACCAGAGGAAACCGGGAAAGAGAAAGAGCCAGAAUCUCCACAGCCAAAGCGUCCCAAAACCGAUAACUGAAAGUAGUUCCCUAUCAAGAUUUCUGAUUCCAGGGUUUAACAGAGUGGGGAGACGUGAAGACUUUUCUCUCAACUGUUAAACUAUUUUUCUGAUGGAAGACAGCUCUCAACUCUGCUUUGUAGACAAACAACAGAUCCUCAAAGAAGAAACCAAAAAAAAAAAAACAAAUAAGAGUUUGUUUGGGAGAAUCUUCAUCAUCAUUCGAAUGUAAUCUGAAUGCUUAACACAUCAUUAGUUUACAGAUACAGAUUCUGUCUGAAUAUUUUUUUUUUUAGAAUAUUAAACACUUGACCACAACAACCUA